AGCACAGGGUUGUGACCUUUGACCUUUUCUACUAGAGUCUUAUGUGCCUCACGUUCUGGCAGUCAUUAGAAUUUGUACCCAACUCCAAUUUAACUCUAGAUCUAGAUCUAGAUUCUAGAUUUAAAUACUACCCUUAGUAGUAAAUUAGACAAUCUCUAUUACUAUAGUAAACAUAGAUCUACAGUUAGUACGCAUUGUAAGACUAAUAAAUGUCUGAAACAUCGGAUAAAAAAGUACUUUCAAUUCAGAGUACUGUUGUAUUCGGUUAUGUUGGAAAUAAAAGCGCAGCGUUUCCUCUGCAGCUUCAUGGCUAUGAUGUAAGUACCAUUAACUCUGUCCAGUUCUCAAAUCACACUGGCUAUGGAAAAUGGAAAGGUCAAGUUCUUGAUGCGCAGGAAGUGACUGAUUUAUUUGAUGGUCUGAGAAUUAACAACCUGCUCAACUUCUCACAUGUUUUAACAGGGUACAUUGGUUCUGAAUCAUUCCUGAAAACAGUUGGCGAUGCUGUCAAGGAAAUGAAGAGUAGAAAUCCAAGUUUAAAAUAUGUCUGUGAUCCAGUCAUGGGAGACAAUGGUAAACUUUAUGUCAGUGAGGCUUUGGUACCAGUGUACAGAACUGAGAUAAUAGAGCAAGCUGAUGUCAUAACACCUAAUCAAUUUGAAUUAGAACAGUUAACACAGUUACCAGUGGAAACAGAAGAGCAAGCAUUCAAUGCUAUGAAUAAAUUACAUGAAAGAGGAGUAGGCACUGUGGUACUGAGUAGCAGUAACUUAGGAGACAAGGAUAUUAUGUUAUGUCUGGCCAGCAUAAGACAAGAUGGAAUAUCUAAGAGGUUCAGAAUUAAAAUUCCUAUUAUACCAGCCAUAUUUGUAGGCACUGGGGAUUUGUUUGCGGCCUCUUUGUUGACAUGGAUGGAUAAAGAACAUGAGUUUAAGGUUGCCCUAGAGAAGACAGUGAGUGUUGUGCAGCAUGUUAUCAAGAAAACUUAUGAACGUGCAAUAGCCCUUGCCGGUCCUGAAAACAAACCAACUCCAGAACAUUUGGAGUUGCAGCUAGUCAACUGUAAAACUGACAUUGAGAAACCUUAUGUAAUAUUUGAAGCUGAGGAGAUUUAGCAGCUGCUGUCAGCCAGUAAUCUGUUUGGUCAACAUGAGUUCCACUUGUAGAGAUGGAUACAUUGAUUAAGUUAUCACAUGUUUAGUUAUGCAGAGCUGUUAUUUUCUUUUUCUACUUUUAUAACAAAUCUUAAUUGUCUUAUUUUUUAAUUAUUUUUUUCAUUGAUAAUGCCUGUAAUUUUUUUUUUAUGAAAUAGAAAAUAUAGUUUAUAAGGAAUAUUUAGUUUAGAAAGACAUUUGGAAAUAUAUACUAGUUUAAGUGAAGUCUUAAAAUUUUGAUUUUACUUUUGCUCUUGGUUGAAUAAAAUAAAAAUAUUUAAUUGUAUUGAAGAAAACAAUGCCAGUCCAGCAGUGUUUCGCAAGCAUGGAAUAUAGGUAUUUACAAAUUUUAUUUUAAGUAGAAUUUGUUUUUAUGAUCUUGUUCAUUGAAACUUUGGUACUGUACCUUUUUUUUUUUUUUUACAUCACAGUCACUGCUAUGAAAGUCUUGAGCUAAUAUCACUGUCUAAAUUUUCUUAGGGCAAUAUUUCACAUUAAUUACAAUCAGAGGAUAAAAUGCUAUAAUCUUUGUUAUUUAUCUUUGUUAUUGGCAUUGUAUCGAAAAUACUGUUUCUUGUUUUUUUUUUAUGUGAAUUCUUAAUGUUAUUAUACAGAUCUGUGUCAGCAUGACCCAGUCCUCAGGUCGCUAAACCCAAAACAUUGCUGACAGGCUUCACAAACAUGUUAAAUUGGAAAAAAAAAAUUUUGAUGUAGACUUAUGUACAUACAUUUUAUUAUAUUUGUGACAUUUUUUCCCCAUAUUCAUGCAUUGCACAUUCCAGGUCAGUUAUUUUGUUUCACAAAACAUUACAAGCAAGAAUCGAAUCUGUCCAUAACUAUUCCUUUUGAUAUUCCAUGUGAAAGACUUCAGUCAUACAAACUGUCUACUAUGAAAUUGUGUGUCCGCUGUAGGCAAUACCCCUCAGUAUUAAAUUAUUUAUUUGACAUUGUGGGAAGUCAAACACAUGUUUAUGUUUGGACAAAUAGAAAGACUAGGCACUGUCUGUGAGUAUAUCUAGUCUUUACAUACAGACUGGACAUUUCCCUUAACAUGUGAAUGAUCAUUGGGAUUUCAAGUCUUUCAUUUAUAUAUUUGAUGUUAUAAUUCUCAAAUUAAACUCUACAAUCAUUAGAAACGUUCCUCACAUUACAAGCAUGAAAAAAGACAGUUCAGUCUUCAAAUUAUUGCCAGUUUUGAGAAUGUGACAUUAUGUGUUCAGAAAAGUCUAUAGAAUAAAUUAUUUUUGUUUGUAUAUCA